AUUGCCUUAAAUGUCUGUUUCUAUAACUUUGUACUGAUCUUAAUUGGAAGUGUCGCUAGUUAGUCCUUUAUUACAAUGGAUUCUUCUAGUUUAAUCAGGUAGUCCAGAGAAUUAGUUCGAUUUCUUAGGUUAUUCCGGACUAGGACCAAUUUUCAUUUAUCCUUCCUCCUUUGAUCCGUCUCCGCACUCCCCCUCUCCAAAGUUUCAUUCUUUCUGCUAAUUUCUUCCUUCUCUUAGUUUCCUGGAGAAAAAAAAGGGGAUCCUGAUUCUAUUCCCUUUGCGCCUGAUUCCAGCCUUUUAGGCUGGGUUUUGACAUCUGAUCGCUUUUUUUGUUGAUAUAUGAGGGUCAGGUUUCUGUGGGAUUUGCAUUGUUCUGGUGGUCGGUCUUUUGGCGCAAGCUUUCCGUAAAGAUGUCUACAGAUGUUCAUAGCUUCGUUGAAUGGAAAGAAGAGUUUGUUUCUCAGGAACGCGGUAAUCGUAUAGUUUACUAUUUCUUGAAGGAUGCUGCCGGGGAUUCCGUCCUUGCCGUUGUUGGUACAGAGAGGAGCCUUAGGCACAUGGUUUAUGUAGUUGCAGAAGACUUCUUACAGGCAUAUGGGUCUGAGAAAUCCAUCAAUGUAAGCUUCAAGUGGAGAUCAAGGAGAGAGGUUGUUGACUGGCUCACGUCCAUGCUCAUGAAGCAUCAAACUUCGCAUGAUGAUCCAAAAUUACCAAUGUUUGAUUCAUCACAAGCUAUUGGAUCUACUGAAUUCCUUACAACUGGACUUGAUGCCCCAGGAAUCCGUCUUCCAGAUCGUGCGAGCCGUAUUGCAAGGAAGUUAAAGGGUCACAAUACAGAUAUUGUAUGGUCUGGUGUUGCUUGGACUUGUGGUAAACAGCUCAAGCACUACCCAGCAUUUUGCAGGAAUGGAACCACCAUAGCUAUUCAUUCUUUUGUUCUCGUCAUGGCUGAAGAAGAAAAUCACUAUCUCGCUCACUUGGAAGAUAUGUAUGAAGACAAGAAGGGACAGAAGAAGGUGAAAGUACGAUGGUUUCACCAUAAUCAAGAGGUCAAGGGUGUGGUUCCUCUGCCAAAUCCACAUCCUAGAGAGGUUUUCUUCACACCUUAUGCCCAGGUCAUCAGUGCAGAGUGUGUUGAUGGUCCUACAACAAUUCUAACUCCUGAGCACUAUGAAAAAUGCUUGGCUGCUCUUCCAGAAUCUUCCUCACCUAGAAUCCAUCUUUGCUUUAGGCAGUUUAGAAGCAACAGAAUUAAGCCCUUUGAUCUGAGUAAAUUGCGAGGCUAUUUUCACCAAAUCAUCCUCUCAUGUAUAGAUCCCAAUCCCCUCGCCAAGCAUAACCUUACCUGUAAUAGCAUGAUUGGAGAAGAGGAGGAAAAGUUUAGCCAAGGAGGCCCUGUGAGACAGGGAGCUAAGAGAACACGGAGUUGCAGGGGGCGUCAGAAGAUUGUGUCAAAUUGUUCUGUUGCCAGAAUUUCAGGUCCAGGGAAGCAGGUAGCACCAUGCCUACCAGCACAUCAGAACUUGAAAUUUAGAUUGUCCUGUAGGAUGACACCGGCUGUUAAGUCUGUUGGUCCGCAAGCCCAGCUUACCACACCUUUUAAGGUCCAUGAAAAGAUAGAGCUGCUUUGCCAAGAUAGUGGUAUCCGAGGCUGCUGGUUUAGGUGUACUGUCUUGCGAGAAUCUCGAAAACAGCUGAAGGUCAAAUAUGAUGAUUUGCAGAAUGAGGAUGGAUGUGGAAACCUUGAGGAAUGGAUCCCUGCUUUCAGACUUGCAGCACCUGAUAAACUGGGCAUGCGAUGCUCUGGUCGCCUUAGAAUUCGACCGCGUGCUCCUGAGUAUCCAGUGGACAUUCCAUUUGAGAUUGGAGCUCCAGUGGAUGCAUGGUGGUGUGAUGGCUGGUGGGAAGGGGUGGUAACUGGCAUUAACAGCACAGAUGGUAGCCUUCAGGUUUACUUCCCUGGUGAAGAUUUUUUCUCGACUUUCCAGAGGAGGAGUCUAAGGAGUUCUAAGGAUUGGGUGGGGAACCGAUGGGUUAAUAUUGAGGUGAAGCCAGAUAUACUGUCCAUCAUAUCUGCAGCAGUCAGCCCUGGCACAAAGCUCUCCUCGUGCUCCACUAUGGCAAAGGGGAGUGAGUCUGGUGGUUCUGCAAUAUCAGAUCGUGAAGGCCCCUCUGCUUGUCGACUUGAGACAGUUGAAGAGGACAAUCAAGAAGUAGCUGUUUCAGCCGGAUCUGAUGGAAUGCUUGAGAAUGUUGAGUGGGUGAACUACAGGAAACAACCAUGUGUUGAAGAUGAAGCUAAGAGAGAUGAUGCUGAUGAUGAUUAUUAUGAUGAUGAUGAUGGUGAGUAUGGUCAUGAUGAUGAUGAUGAUGAUGGUGAUGAAGACGAUGACGGUCAUGCCAGUGAGGACAGGGUAGGGGAAGAAUUUGACCAUACUGGCCAGAAAUGUGAAGCAAUAGAACUAAUGGAAGUUGCUGUGUAAGAUAGAGAAUGACGCUUUGUUCUACAAUGAUAGUGAUGAUUGCUGGUGAACGCAAGAGACUGGAAGUCGGGAUUACGAUUUCUGUAAAUAAGCUUAGAGAGGUGACAUGCAGUAUUUAUAGGGUCAUUCAUUUCCAUUUCAGCUUUGGAUAUUGGCCAGUGUACAGAAAGAAAAUGUUACAGGAAUUUGGUAGAUUUCUGUUAUAUUAAGGCAGAUUAGAAUGUUAUUAGGAUUGAGGACCAGUGAGGGAGAGGCCCCUUCUUUCUGAGGAGUAUGUUAUUGCUGGAUUUGAACAGUGCUUAGGAGCUAGCAGCAAGGCACCAUCAGGAACCUAAACUGUUAUUUUGCCUUCACUAGUUAAUGGUUAUAUACUAGUAUACAUAAAUAGUUGAAUGCUAUGUUUGGAAUGAAUCUUAUGCUACUUCGGUAGUU